UUCAGGUCACGUCGCUGCCCACGGCGGCAGAGACUGGGCUUUCACACAGAGCUGAAGGUCAGUGCAGCACAGACACCAUGGCAGAAACUUCAGAAAAAGUGCCCAUAGCCCUGACAGGACCAGCUGACGUGGAACAAUGCCUGCCGCCUGCUUAUGCCGUGGCUGUCAAGCCGGCUAGCAGCGGGCGCCUAUUGAAGAUCGGCGCCACGGUUCUCAUCACCGGCUCUGUCCUGCUCGUCCUGGGAGCGAUUGGUGCUUUUUAUUUCUGGAAGAUCAGUGACAAAAAUGUGUAUAACAUGCAUUACAGCAUGAGCAUCAAUGGAAAAGUGAAGGAUGGAUCACUGGAAAUUGAUACAAAGAACAACCUUGAGACCUUCAGAACUGGAAGUGGCAAUGAAGAGGCAGUGGAAGUUCACGAUUUUCAAACUGGAAUCACAGGAAUUCACUUCGCUGGAGGAGAGAAGUGCUACAUCAAAGCACAAGCUAAAGCGCACCUGCUGGAUAUCGAGAAUCUGAAAACAGAAGCGGUUACAUUUGAACUUGAAGAUGAAAUCAUGCCUGCAAAGUUUGAAGAAGAAUCUCUUAUCUGGGUGGCUGCGGAGCAACCGAUCAAAGACCAUGCCUUCCUGAGUCCUAAGGUUUUGGAACUAUGUGGUGACCUCCCUAUUUACUGGCUUCGUCCAACUUACACCAAAGAGGGUCAGAGGAAGAAAAGAGCAGUGGAUCACAAGAGACCUCAAAUACCUGACCCUUACUACUACGAGUUUGACUUUAACCCUGGUCCAGUGGAUGAAUUUGGCCAAAUUCUGGGAGCUCCAGCUGAGGUUGACAUAGAAACCACUGAGGUGCAAGCUCAAGAUGCAAGCCUAGAACAAACAGCAAAUGACACCAUUCCAGAAGGAGAAGGGCGUCCAUCAACUUUCAAUGCAGAAAACCCCUACCAUAGGAUCUUAGAAGGUGAAGGAGGCGCUAUGAACUUUGACCCUAUGCUGGAUCACCUAGGAAUCUGUUGUGCGGAGUGCAGACGCAGUUAUUCCCAUUGCCAGCGUAUAUGUGAACCCCUGCGCGGGUACAUGCCAUGGCCUUAUAAUUACCAAGGGUGUCGUGUCACUUGUCGACUGAUUAUGCCAUGUACCUGGUGGGUAGGACGUAUUCUUGGUUAUUUGUAAGCUACUAAUAAGUCACACGUUUCAAAUAUAAUACAGCCCCGAGGAAAUUAACUAUUGCAUAUAUAAACAGUCAUUGUUAGAAAGAAUGAUCAGAUUGUCGUACAAAGUGCCUUUAUAACAUUGAAUAUUAAAACACCUCAGUCUAUGCCAAUCUUUUUUUCUGCAAUGUAAUAUAACUUGAGUUUAGGUUUAAAGUUGAAUUGCUCCAAAGCAACCAAAGUGCAUAAAGCCAAACCAUAUAAUGCAAUAUAAAAAUAAAAAGGAUGAGCUUGUUUGUUUAGAAAUUUGUGCAGAUAAUAAUAUAAUAUUGUGCAGAGCUUCGUAAAUGUGCAAUAAAGCAUACAGUAGCAUGUA